AUGGCGUCGGAUGAGAUUAUCUGGCAAAUUAUAAACCAGCAAUUCUGCUCCUUCAAACUAAAAACGGACAAGAACCAGACGUUCUGCCGCAACGAGUACAACGUCACCGGCCUCUGCAACCGGCAGUCAUGUCCGCUCGCCAACUCGCGGUACGCCACGGUGCGGCAGCACCCUACCAAGCAGACGCUGUACCUGUACAUGAAGACGGUCGAGCGGGCGCACCUGCCGUCCCGGAUGUGGGAGAAGAUCAAGCUGUCCAGCAACUACUCCAAGGCCCUGGAGCAGCUGGACGAGCGGCUGGCCUACUGGCCCAAGUUCCUGGUGCACAAGUGCAAGCAGCGCCUGACGCGGCUGACGCAGGUGCAGAUGCGCAUGCGCCGAAUCGCCGCCGAGGAGGAGCGCCUCGGCGAGAGGCUGGUGCCCAAGCUGGCGCCCAAGGUGCGGCGUCGCGAGGAGGCGAGGGAGCGCAAGGCCGAGGCGGCGGCCAAGCUGGAGCGCACGAUUGAGCGGGAGCUGCUGGAGCGCCUGCGGCAGGGGGCCUACGGCGACCAGCCGCUCAACGUCAGCGAGGAGGUGUGGAAAAAGGUGCUCAACGCCAUGGAGCGGGACGGCGAGGGCGAGCGAGACGAGGACAUGGACGAGGGCGUCGUGACGGACGAGGAGGCGGAGGCGGAGGCGGAGGGGGACAGCGAGGGCGACAAGGAGGUGCAGUACGUGUCUGACGUGGACGAGAGCGAGGUGGAGAUUGAUGACUUUGACGACUUGCUGGACAGCGAGGAGGAGGAGGAGGAGGAGGAAGACGACGAGGACAGCGAGGACAGCGAGGCGGCGAGGGAGGCGACCGGCGGCAAGCGCAAGCGCGGCAAGGCCGUCAAGAUGAGCAGCAAGAAGCGCAAGCCGGAGAUGGACAAGCUGGCCCUGACAAACGACUUGUCGUGGUAG